GACAACCAACCACCGCCUCCACACACCCACGGUACCAGCACUACCAGUAUCAGCGUGAAGGAUGGUACGGCUAACCCAACUGUGAGCCAUGUCUACCCGUCAUACCCUAACAACGACCCUAGCGUCCACAUAAAACCGUGCACCGUCGCACAACCCACCUAUGUCGGUGACCCCAACCUUGAUCCCAAUGAGUGCUCCGUGCUCUACUCCUGCUCGUGGUUAAGCUCGGGUCAAGAGACUUCAAACCAACCCAAGAUGGACGCCGGGAUUCUGCAGGCGUUAAAGGCGGUAAAAAGCAACCCGUAUGUCCAGUACGUGGGUCUGGGGUUGGCCGGGUUGGUGACACAGAAAGAGCAGCAUGACGAGAAGACCGGUGCGCCCCUCAGGAAGACCAAGCUGCAGCUGGUGCGCAUCAGUGCGGCUGUGUGCGGGAUAGAGCUGUGUUACGCGGCCGAGACGGCGUUCGUCAGCCCUAUCUUGCUGAAGCUGGGGGUCCCGCCGUCUCUGAUGACGAUGAUCUGGUGCCUGAGCCCGAUGCUGGGGUUCUUCAUGGUGCCGAUCAUGGGGUCAUUGAGUGACAGGUGUGGGUUUAAGCUGGGCAGGCGGCGGCCAUUCAUCAUCAUCAUGUCAAUUGGGAUUAUCCUAGGACUGGCUUUAGUGCCGAACGGAGAAAUUCUGGGGAUAUGGUUGGGCGACACGGGGAACGAGACGGUCAACUCCUACCCCGGGUGGAACGCCUCGUCUGGCGUCAUCAACGAAACAAUUUAUCUGGCAAGCAAGACCUCUAUGGGGAUAUCGUUCUCCCUUCCUCCCGGACACCUGAGGGGAAUCAUCUUCACGAUAGUGGGCGUGGCCAUGCUUGACUUCAACUGUGACGCCUGUCAAUCACCAUGCAGGGCGUAUCUGCUGGACAUCUGCGUGCCUGAAGACCACUCCACCGGCUUGACCAUGUUCACCGUCAUGGCGGGCCUGGGUGGGACGGUUGGUUACAUCAUGGGUGGAAUAGACUGGAACGCCACCAGCUUCGGUGAGGCGUUAGGCGGCCAUAUCCGCGUGGUUUUCUCCAUCGUCCUCAUAGCGUUCAUCGCGUUCGUUAUCUCAACGCUGACGUCAUUUCGGGAAAUCCCGCUCUCCGAGUUGAACAUCAAGCAAAACGAGACCCAGCGCAGUAAAAAGAAAGUUGGUAAAUCUAAAUACCGAAAGUUUACCAACGAAGACUCGUCGUCUGAAGAGGAUUGCACGGACGGGGUAGAGAGAGGAGCCAACUCAACAAGGUACGGAGCCGUUUCUGAGACAAACACAAACGACGUCUUGAGCAAACGGGCGCUGGAAUUAAGCUCACAAGACAAGGCAGACAACGGUGUGGCCGUCUCGGCGAAAUUAAACAGCGAGGGCCCCAAGCAAGAGCCAGUGGCCAGCCUGAACUCUUUGCCCAACCUAAACAAAGUCUCACACAACCCGUUCACAUUGACCGGACCGGUCGUUAGAAAGCCGGCAGAGAAGCCGUACAAGCUGGAUAAGGAGCCGGUUCUAAUCGCCGAGAGCCGGCGCGUUCGGGAUCCACCCGUCCACAUCACAAACAGCUCCACGGUGGAUCCAUCAAACAACGACCCGGUGGAUUCAGGAUCCACCAAGUCCAGUAAUUCUGUGGAAUGCAACGGCACGGUCGUGUCGAACACGUUGCUAGGCGACGAUGAAAUAAACCCGUACUCUAAACCUGCGGUCAGUAACGGUGACGUCACACAGGUCAACGAGAAGAUCGAGACGGUGGAGGUGUCAACAGACGUGACCUUGAGGACGUACCUGAGGUCAAUAGUUCAGAUGCCAAGGUCGAUGUGGGUCUUGUGCCUGUGUAACCUGCUGUGUUGGAUGUCUUUGGUCUGUUACUCGCUGUAUUUCACAGACUUUGUAGGCCAGUCCGUGUAUGGAGGUGACCCCACGGCACCAGAGGGCAGUGACCUCCAUGACAAGUACGACGCUGGGGUGAGACUGGGCAGCUUUGGCAUGUCUCUGUACUCACUCUCAUGUGCGUGCUACUCACUGGGCAUCGAGAGGCUGGUCCACAGGUUUCGGGCAAAAAAAGUGUACGUAUUGGGGCAACUCGUGUUUACUGUUGGUAUGGCAGGCAUGGCCCUGUCUCGCAGUAAGGUGGCAGUGAUCCUGCUGUCACCUGCCGCAGGGAUCAUGUACGCUACCCUCUUCACCAUGCCCUACCUGCUUGUGGCACAUUACCACACCAGAGGUCUUUUCUCCCACGGAGAAGACAUGUACGGCAACAGGAAACAGGUGCGAGGGCUGGGUACUGACGUGGCCAUCAUCAGCAGUAUGGUGUUCCUGGCCCAGUUCGUCCUCUCCUUCAUCAUGGGCACCGUCGUCACGGCCGUCGACAGCACCACCGCCGUCAUCAUCGCCAGCGCCAUCUUGAGUUUCCUCGGUUCCAUGACGGCCACACAGGUGACCUACCUGGAUCUGUAGUCACGUGACGGGCGACGGGACGCACGUGACCGGUGACGUCACAUUGGUGAUAUACCUUUAUGUGUAGACACGUAGACGUCACACAACUGACGGGAAGUAUGACGCACGUGAUCGGUGACGUGACAUGUGUCACACACCUGUAUCUGUAGACAUGUGACGUGACACGUGUCACAUACCUGUAUCUGAAUACAUGUGACGUGACACGCAUGACGUGUGACGUGACAGAUGACGUACCUGAAGCCGUGACACCCUGUUAGUGUUAAGUGACAGGUGACAUGAAAAAAGAAAAAUGAAAAUGACACGGCCGAUGUGACAUCUCAAUUUGGAUAAUGACAUCAAAGGAAAUUAUGAAAAGUGUGACAGUCAAGAUGUCAAAUGAUGUGAUUCUGUUUUUGUAAUCAUGUGAUUCUCUGUGUAAUCAGAUGGACAUAAUAUAAAUAGAAGGAUAUAAUUUUUUAUAUAUAUGCAUAUCUGUAUAUGUUGAUUGUAUUUAGAGGAUCUUUAUAUGAAUAUUGUACUCGAUACCAUCUGUUAUUUAUUGCUGCAAUUAUGAAUCGUCUCAUUCAAAUCUAAAAUUCCACCUCUUAAUUGCUUUUUUCGCGUCAUCAUUUGAACUACACUCUUGAUUCAAAUCUCGUGCAUAUGCUAUAGUC